AUGCUCAAAUUUCCCCAAUUUAGCCUCUCAAAGCAAAUUCCAUUGGUAUUAGCCUCCAGUGCACCAAGCCAAAUAACUGAACAAGCCCUCAAAAACCAAAAUAUUCACAUUGACGUGCCGGGAAAGUCUCCAAGAGAAUGCCGUUGUGCUCUUGAAGAGAGAGCUCCUAGUGACUCACCAAUUUCUGACCCAACAACUUUGCUCGUACCCGGCGAAAUCGAUCUUGCUGUUCCCUAA